CCAUCAUAAAUCUUCUUCUCUCAUUUUCGCGGAAAGAAUGAGUAUAAAAUUUCGCUCACUACUUCAUUUCGAUGCUGGGAGCUCGACUUUGUAUGAGGGCUCCUCCAAUUUUAUCUGUUUGGUCGUUUUUUUGGACCAAUUGGACUGCAUGCAUGUAAUUUGAUUGGACUUGUAGUCUAUGCAAUGUGAAGGUAUGCCGGAAUUGAUUGGUAAAAGUUCCUCUGAACCAUGUGUCAAGGAAACUGCGGAAGAUCUGAGAAAAUGAACAAACAGAAUAAGCCUUGUGUAAGCAAUCGGCCAUCGAUAUAUUACUGGUGGAGACCAGAUGAGGGUAUAUCUUCUGAGCUGUCUGAUUUUGUCCUUGAAAAUGAUUCCUCCAACACUUGUUAUGCCAAACGCAGUAGGGAUGACAGCACUACAAAUAAACCCAAGUCUUCUGAGAUAUUGAGCACAGCUCAGGUCAUUUCAAUUUUUGGCCAAGUAUUGAAUCUUGCUAGUCGUCCUUUUACCUUUUUCCAACGAAAGAGGAUCUUGAACCAAGACAAUGACGAUUCCAAUGAGGUUACCUUCAAUAGUGUGGUUGAAGUUAAUGGCAAAACACCUGAAAUUAAAAACUUCUGUGUUGAUAUAAGGACUGAUGGCCAGUGUUCUCCUCUGGUGCAGCCUACAUUGGGCUUGAAUUGUUUGACAGUAACUCAGAAGAUGUCUUUGUCAGAACCUUGUAAAUAUCAUUCCACGUCAUCAUUUUGGAGUCUACUAAAUGGUGGUAGUGACAUGUCUGCUAAAUCCUGGAAAGGAAAAGGCCUUACUAGUGUACGAAUCUCACACGAUAUGGGGAAGAUAUAUGCAUGGAUGAACCGUGUAAGUCAUACUGAAGCAUGCUACCCUGUGAAAGUUGCUAAUACUGGAAGCAUGAAAGCCAAUGCAUUCAAGGCUAGAGACGGUCUUCAUGAAGCAGGGGGCUGCAUUUCAGGAGAUUCAAGUUUUCUUGUUCAUGAGUUGAUUAGUGAAACUUCAAGGAAUGCUCCUAUAUUCCAAUCAAUCAAUGUAUCAUCUCUGUUCACUCGAAAGUUGGAAAUAAAAAUGAUAGAAAAUGUUUAUAUGCCCUCACGCAUCCUUAUGUUUGUUCAAGAUAACAAGGCAGAUAGCAGUAUAGUAGAGAGCCCAAGUGCAGAUAUUUUGGCAGCUCAUUCAGUACCUUCCAAAGAUGGUGCAUCAGACAAGUUAGACUAUGGGCAGAAGACUAGUAGCAGGGAACAACAUGAGAAUAAAACCAAAAAGUCGGACAAUCUCAAUGUUGAAAAUGAGUACAGCAGAGAGGAUUCCUCAUUGACCCGUGAAAAAUCUUGUUACACUAUUGCUAAGCAAGAACAUGCCUUUGCAGGGGCGUUGGCGGGUGUAUUUGUCAGUCUUUGUCUACAUCCUGUUGAUACAAUCAAAACAGUGGUUCAGUCUUAUCAUGCCAAACAGAAGUCUCUCAGUUACAUUGGAAAAUCAAUCGUGUCUGAUCGAGGUUUAAGUGGACUUUAUCGUGGAAUCUCCACCAACAUUGCUUCUUCAGCUCCUAUAUCUGCUGUUUACACUUUCACAUAUGAAUCAGUCAAAGGAGCUUUGCUUCCACUUCUCCAAGAGGAGUAUCGCUCUAUUGUUCACUGUGUGGCCGGUGGUUGUGCAAGUAUUGCUACAUCUUUUCUUUUUACCCCAAGUGAGCGUAUAAAACAGCAGAUGCAAGUCAGUGCACAGUACCAUAACUGCUGGAAUGCCUUUGUUGGUGUUGUUGCGAAGGGUGGAUUGCGUGGAUUAUAUACUGGGUGGGGAGCUGUUCUUUGUAGAAAUGUACCGCACUCAAUUAUCAAGUUCUAUACAUAUGAAAGUUUGAAAGGACUGAUGAAAUCUAAUGCUCAACAAACUACUGCACAAACGUUAGUAUGUGGAGGAGUAGCUGGAUCCACUGCCGCUUUGUUUACCACUCCUUUUGAUGUUGUAAAGACCAGAUUACAAACGCAAAUACCAGGAUCUCUGAGCCCAUAUAAAAGUGUAAUUCAAGCCCUCUAUGAAAUAGGCAAAAAAGAAGGUCUGAAAGGCCUCUAUAGGGGCCUGACUCCAAGACUGGUUAUGUACAUGUCUCAAGGUGCAAUCUUCUUCUCCUCUUAUGAGUUUUUGAAGAGACUUUUUUCUCUCGAGCUGCCUCGACAUGAUACUGCUAGAGUCCAACACUAACUAAAUGGUGAACUCGAAAGAUGAUUCAACUAUAUGAUUGCAAUUCUCUUUAUCAGAUUGUCAUCGUCAACAACCACGAUACCUGAUUUGCACUCGUAAUAUUUACCAAAAUAUGAAUUGAUGGACAAGUGAUGUUAGAGGCAGAAAUUUGAAAGGGGUGUUCCAUGUAUUGUAUUUGGAGAGUCAUUGACAUUUGAUUUAUGCAUCAACCACAUAAAUGGAAAGGAACCUGAUGCUGCAGCAAGAACCUGAGAAUUGGGGGGAUAGGUAUAAGAUUCUUUUAACCAAAGAAAAGUCAAUUUUUAAAGUAAAAACAAUUGUGAAUCCUUGUAUAUUGAUUUUCAUCAUAAUUGACUAGGCAAAAUACCUGUCAUUAUAAGCUUAGGCCAUUCUGUAUACCUUUAAGUAAAAAUAAAUAAACAGAUUUCAUUUUUUGUAAUUAUUUCCUCUUUUGUAAUGAUGCCCUAUUGCUGCACAUUAUUGUGUAGACUCAGUACUUUAGUUUCAAGGCCAACUUUAUA